AUGCUUCAGUCCUCAAGUAUUGUCUUGGACGAAUAUCGCGUCUCUUCAUCCCACGGCUUCCUUCCGACGGAACUCCCACUCCGGCGGCUGCCGCAUGUCUACUACGAGCAGUGGGAGAACCUUGCAGGUCAAUUAUCCACUUUGAUCCAACAAGACAAGAUCCGGGAUCUCAUAGAUGCUCUUCCCGUCCUUACUACAACCUGGCUGCAGACAGAGCCUGAAUGGCGACGUGCAUAUUCCAUCCUAGGAUUCCUCACACAUGCGUACAUCUGGGGAGGCCAGAAGCCACGAGACGUUCUGCCUCCAAGUAUUUCGAAGCCCUUUCUUGAGAUCUCCGCACACCUUGGUCUGCCGCCUUGUGCUACAUAUGCAGGCCUUACCCUAUGGAACUUCGAUGCGGCUCCAGGGGCCGACAUCACCGACCCAGAUAGCCUCUCUACAAUCACAUCAUUUACCGGCACUCAGGAUGAAGCGUGGUUUAUGCUAAUCUCUGUGGCAAUCGAGGCCAAGGGCGGCAAAUUGAUAACGCUAAUGCUCGAUGCAAUCGAAGCAGCCACCCAGCAUAAUAUCUCACAGCUCACGGCUCUGCUUUGCCGCUUCACAGAUGUCCUCCAGGAUGUCACCGCUACCCUGAAACGCAUGUACGAAAAGAACGCUCCGCAGGUGUUCUUCCACCAACUCCGUCCAUUCCUUGCAGGGAGCAAGAACAUGGCGGUUGCUGGCCUGCCUAACGGCGUGUUUUACGAUAUCGGAAAUGGGAACGGUGAAUGGCGCCAGUACAGCGGGGGGAGCAAUGCUCAAAGCUCCCUGAUCCAGACCUUCGACAUCUUUCUCGGUGUCACCCACCCCGCCACCGGUGACAAGGAGAAGGAGACGGAUCAGAAGGCACUUAAGUCCAAGGGGCCCGGAUACAUCGAGCAAAUGCGGGACUACAUGCCUGCCCCUCACAAGCGGUUCCUCGAGGUGUUGACGGACAUCUCCAACAUCCGGGACUAUGUGGUCUCCUUGGGGUCGGACUCUCCAGCCAAGGAAGCGUUCAAUGCUGCGGUCCAAUCUCUGACCAAGUUCAGAGAAGCCCACAUUCAGAUCGUCACGCGCUACGUCAUCACUCAGUCGAGGAUCUCUGCUGCCUCGCAGCCUGCGGAGAGACUCAAUCUUGCUACGGCAAGUGUCAAGUCGACCGAGAAUAGUGAUGGCAGCAGCGGCUCGGAUGAGGACGACUCCGGGGUACUGCAUGGGACUGGUGGCACGAGUCUUGCUUCUUUCUUGAAGCAGACAAGGGAUUCCACCAAGAGCGCGGCGUGCUAG